AUGAAAGAAUCUUAUAAUCUUGUCAAAUCGUGUUUAUUUUUUAUAUUUCUUAUUAGCUUUUCAAUUAUAACAAUAUCAGCGGAAUCGAGCUUGUACAUUACACCAAACACUACUAUAUAUACAAACUUUAACUAUACAGAGAAUACACAAAAUACUACAUUUUCCCAAUCACAACCUUAUGCAAUUGACAUUCAAUUUUAUGGUGACGGGACAACUCUCAUCCAUCUUGUUAGAAAUAAUAAUACUGAGCAUUGUUUUGAACCCAUCUUACGUAUAAGAAUUAUCCAUUUAAAUGGUUCCGUCACUGAAAUUAAUACUGAUUUAAAUCUUGAUUCUGUGAAUUAUUGUUUAUUUAACGACAUACUUACUGGCGAAAUGGUGAAUCCUAUCUCAAUACGACCUUUAAAAAAACCAUUUAUAUUAGUGAGUUAUAUGAAAUUAAAUUAUCCAUAUUAUGAAAGCUGGGGAACUGUUCUUAAUUGGAAUGGCGAAAAACUAAGUUCCAUAUCACUUGAACCAUCCUCUGUUAAUGCCCCUGAGAAAAAAAUUUGGCCUAUGAAAAGUUUAAUUGAAAUAAACAUAAACAAGGAACUAUUUCUUCACGUAAAUUCCUAUGGAAAUUCCAUCAGUGGCUCGCGAUUUUCAGUUGAUGUUAACGGAAAUUUAUCAAAUAAUGAUACUGUUCAAUCAGAGUUCCAUCUACCAACCGCUAAUUAUACCCUUUUUACGUCAUUGGCCACCGUUGAUAAAGGUUAUGCAAUAUUGUAUGCUAAAUAUUUAAACAAUGAAAGCGAUUUUAUGAGUCCACUUGGCGGACUGUACGCCAGCUUUAUAAAUCACAACAAAACUUUCUUGAGCAAUACUAUUGCUCUCUUUCAAAUAAUUAAACCUGAAACGAAAAUUAAUGCAGUUAAUUGUAAUGCGUAUUUUGGAUUUUGUUACUAUUGUAUUGCUUCCAUCAUCUACAACAACACAGUGCACUAUGAAGAAGUUCAAUUUUGUACAGAAAAAUUUUUAAGUUCGAAUCCAAUCAAAACUCCCAAUGAAAUUGGUGUGCCCUGGAAUGUGUUUUCAAUACCUACUGGCGGAUACAUAUUGUCUGCUGUUAAAGCCACCACUUGUUUUAUUCAUAUUUCUGAGUAUUCAAAUCCAGGAACUAAUCUGAUUAAUUUGACGUAUUUUAAUACAACUGGUGUUAGUGCAUAUGGUAUCUUGAAACAUAAUAAUACUCUUUUACUCUCUCUACGAAAUACAAAUAGUCUAAAUAUUUCUUGGUCUUUGCUUGCUGUUCAGUUGCCUAAACUUCAAGAGAUUAGUGGUUAUUAUAAUUACGGUGAUAUCAUGAUUGCCAAUAUUACCCCGUCCAUUAAUUUUACUGUCGAUUCAUCAACGACCUAUAUAAGCAUCACUUUCGCUAUCUUCGUUCAUUUGUCAAAUGGCAACAUCACCAUCUACAAAGCCUCUGAUAACAGCAUUAGGCAAAGUGUUUCAGUAACCUCCGAGUUCUGUAAACUUAGCGAAGAUAGUAGUAGUGUUAUCAAUAUAAGGAUCAUUGAUAGCACAUUUAAUGAGUAUGGUGAGAAAUAUUAUGUGAAAGUGGAUAAAAAUUUUGUCAAAGCUAGUAGUUUAUUUAAUAAUGAACCUUUAAGAGGAAUUGAAAGUGGAGUUUGGAUUCUUAAAUCAAUUUAUAGAGCGCGUCCUUCAGAAAUUGCUGCUAAGGGUUUAGCAGUUCUCACUAUAGAUGCUUCCAAAAAAUUUCUAAAAUUAUCUAGAACCAAUCAGUCAAAAUACUUUGAUACUCUACUAAAUGAUCUUGCUCACAAAAUACCGGUUAGGCGGGAGCGUUUAAGUUCAAAUAAGAAGUUCCAGUAUUUCGACGAAUUUGGUCAAAUCGCCAUUUCAAUUCGUAUAGGUUUGCCAACUAAUGAAACCGAAAAUACAGUUCCAGGAAUAUUUUCAAACUUAAACAAUAUGAUUCUUAACAAAGGAAUUACCACUUUCCACACCGGUGUGACAAAUGAUUUAAACUCGACUCUUGGCUUUCAACCACAAGAGGGUCCAUGGGAUAAAUUCAAAUUACAAAUAAUUGCUGCAAUUGCAAUUUUUGUAAUAAUAUGUUUAUUUUAUCACAUAUUGAAUUAUAAACUACACUCAAAAAAAUUUGAAGCAAUAAGUUCUGCAAUAUUAAGGCUUGGAUUCAUCAUCCCUAAUUUUAUUCUUUCAAUUCUCUUUAUCGUCUACAAUUCUAAUGAUAUAAAGGGGCUUUAUUUGUCAAGUAUUUCGAUACUCGCAAAUUUAAGUAUAGCUAUUUAUACUUUCUACAAUGGAAUUAACGAUCCUGUUGUUGGAAAAGAAUUUAAAGAAUGGGUUAAACAUAAGCAAGAAUUAGUGGCUAUAUUCAUUAUAUUAGCAACAACUGAUUAUGAGUAUCUGACAAUUUUGAAAAAUGUGCCUCUAUUUAAUAAAGUAACAAUUGAUUAUAAGUAUCUAACAAUUAUAAAAGAUGUGACCAAAGCAGAAAUUGACGAGUAUUUAAAGAUUUUAGAAGACGUGCCUAUAUCUGAUGAAUUCAAUAAAUCUGAUAAAAUCAAACAAAUUGAUAUAUUAAAGACUUUGAAAGAC